AUGGAGGGGGAGAAGAAGAGGCGUUUGGUGUUGGUUCACGGAGCGCUCCAUGGGGCAUGGUGUUGGUAUAAGGUCGCUACGUUGCUCAAAUCCAGUGGACUCCAAGUCACAUCUCUGGAUAUGGCUGCAUCCGGCAUCAAUCCAAAGCAGGUGCAGGACCUCAAUUCUGUUUUACAAUAUGUUGAGCCUUUGAUGGAAUUUCUACGCUCCUUGCCUGAAGAAGAACGCGUAAUCCUGGUGGCUCAUAGUUUUGGAGGGAUAUGCAUAUCUCUAGCCAUGGAAAUGUUCCCCAACAAAAUUGCAGCUGCGGUUUUCGUUUCGGGUUGGAUGCCUGGUCCCCACCUAAGCUAUCUCUCACUGUACCAAGAGUUCAAGCACAGACUAAGCUUGAAAUCCAAUUUGGGCUCAAAGACGGUUUCUGAAAAGAAUACCAAUAAUCAUCAAAAGGGAUAUGUGGCACUUGAUCCUGGACUGAUGGCAUCCAACGCAUACCAACUGUCUGCACCCGAGGACUUAACUCUGGCAUUGUCACUAGUGAGGCCCUUUCCCAUCUUUGGUGAGGAAGAUUUGCGAGAGAAUACACAACUCACAGAGGAGAAAUAUGGAAUUGUGCCCAGAGUCUACAUAGUGUGCGAACAAGACAAAAUAAUGGGACACGAUUUUCAACUGUCAAUGGUGGAAAGAAACCCUCCUAAUGAUGUCAAAGCCAUUGCUGAAGCUGAUCACAUGCCCAUGUUCUCUAAACCCCAAGACCUUUUCUCUUAUCUUCAUGAGAUUGCCAACACCUAUUAUUAG